AUGAAGAGAUUUGUAAAAAUUAAAAAAGGAAAAUUAUUAAUCUUUUUGAAAUUAAGCAAAGCAAUUGAAUUUCAAAUUCUUGACAAUUAUAAUUUUACAAGAUAUCCCGACAAAUCAAAUGUAAUACCAUGCACUUUUACUUUUACAGUAUUGAUAUCAGACCCAAAUGGUAUGCAAUUUAAUUCAGUGUCACAAAAUUUUGGAGGGAGAACAGACAUUGGUUAUAAUAGCACCCAUGUUUUUACUCAAUUUAGUUGGACAACAGAUGGUCUUCAAACUUUAAUUAUUAGUGCAAUAAAUAGUCAAAGUGUUUCAGAUAGUAAAGAGAUAAUCUUAGAUUGCAGAGCAUUCGACCUUGAUAAUCUAAAAAUAGAGUUUGGUGAUAUUUAUUUCGAUCCAGAUUUAGGAUAUACAUUAUUACUUAAAAAAACCGGAAUUCCAUCAUAUACAAUGUUAACAGCUGUUGUUGAGGGAGUCCCCACCCCAUGUAAUAGUUUAGUGGAUGGUAUUCACGAUCAAUUAUUAAUUCCUUAUUUUGCUAUUUCAAAUAUUGUUGGUCAAAUAAAAAUUGAUUUUAAUUUUAUUAAUAGUAUUAAAACAUUUUACACAACAGGUUAUUUUAAUGGAUCAUAUGACAGUAAUUUUCAACUUGGUAGAGUUCCAGAAAAUAUUGAUGGGACAAUACAAUUAAUGGGUAAAGGACUGGCCCCAGUUUUUUCGUAUACAUGCAAAACCCAAACUAAAGAAUCGUUAUUUUCAUCUAAACAAGGGAGUGAUUUUAUUUAUUUUUUUUAUAAAGCAAUUUACGAAAGCGGAGGUAUUACAACAUAUCUUGGCUCAUAUUUAUCUCCAGGAUCAAGUUUAAAUUAUAAUCUUGACCUUUUUACUCAAAAACUAAAUCAAAAGGUUAGUGUUUAUACACAAGAUGUUAAAUUGAUAGAUUCACCAUACACAGAUUUUUCAACUGGAACUACGCAAACGGUAUAUAUGGUUGAUACAUACGCUAUAUUUUUAACCGCUGAUAUUACUUCUUCCCCAAAUGAAAUUUAUAAUUUAAAUAAUAUUAUAAUUGGCUCCGAAUAUAGAAGGGAAAUAGAACCACCAUUGGGUUUUGGUACUUUUGGAGGAAAUAAUUUAAAUUAUAGAUUUUAUUUUUCCUUUCCAUUUCUCAAAUCUUUACCAUAUGUUACUUUUUCUUUAUUUGGCAAAGAAUUUAAUAGAGAUAUAACAGAAAAUUUAAAUUACGAUCCAGAUAUUGUUGAACUACCAGAAAUUUCAACUUAUGAAUAUAUUUAUAUUUCAAACAGUAAAUAUCUAUUUAAAGCUAAUAUCAAAUCCAAGGUUUGUGGUGUUAUUGGAAUUUCCUUUGAUGGUUCUAUUUUCAAUAGAAUUUCACAAUAUAGAAUAAGCGGUGAUUUUUACGAUGGUAUUUACGAAAUUCCAAUAGAUUUUGAAGUAGAUAUUGUCUAUGGUUUUAUUCAUAUAACCGAUUUUUGUAAUAAUGUAAAAAAAUUUCAAAAUCAUGAUUAUAUUUCAAAUCAACUUGGGUUACAAUUAACUAUACCAUUUUAUAAUUGGGAAAUUGUUGAUUUAACAAGUAUUAAGGAUGUAUCAUUUUCAUUUAAUAAUAUAGAUGUUUCAAAGCAACAUGUUUCAAAUAUUAUCUAUUUUAAUUAUCCAAACUAUGACAUCAAAAAUGCUCCAUUUUCAUUAAAGUUACCAAAUAUUGAACCAAUGAAUCAACUUGGGUAUAAAGUUCAAGAGUUUUAUGGACAUUGGAAUAGUACUUUAAAUAAAUUUCAAAUUGAAUUUGUGGUUCCUAAAAACUCAAGAUCUGGUAAAUUCGAUUAUUCUCUUUCACUUGGUAUCAAUUCUAUAGAUUCAAGAUCUUUCCCAGACAACUAUCAAUUAACAAUAAAGAAAACAAACUAUGAUGGUAUGGGUCCAAUAUUUUCAGAAAUUUCAAAAAUCGCCUUUCCAACUGGCUCUAAUGGCCAAGUAUAUACCUUUGGGUGGAAUUUAACUAUUAGUGAUCCAAUAAAUGGUUUCGAUCAUGGUGAUAUUACAGUAAUGGGCUCUUUAGAUAAUACUAUUUAUAAAUUCAAAUUAACAUCAGGAAGUUUCGUAGAUAGUGGAAGAUUUGAUGGUGUUUAUAAAGUUACACUUAGUAGUGGUAAUAAAAACGAAGGUAGUUAUUUAAUAAUUGUAAAAUUAGUUGAGGGCUUUUCAUGUGUAACUCAAGAGUAUAUUAUUACCAAAGCAGUUCUCUAUGAUACCGCGGGUCAAAAGAGUUUAUUUGAAAGAGGUAUAACAGAGUAUACUCAAAACCAUCCAACACUUAAUAAUCCAUUUUAUUUACUUUCAAGCGAUGCAACCAUUAACAGAAUUCAAAUAGAAUGCAUUAAUAGUCCAAAUAUUGACACAUCUCCACCAGCUGUUAUGGUGUUUUCACGUUCUCGACCUCAAAUGGAUGUAGGUUCACAAGAUAGAACAAUUACAUUGACAUUAAACUCAUCAGAUCCCGAGAGUGGUAUUAAUUAUUUUGCUCAAGGACCAAUAGCUUAUUUAAUGGCUGAAAACUUUGAAAUUAUUCCAUGUAUUUUUAUUAUAGAUUCAUUUUCUACAUACACUGCAGAUUACACAUGCACAAUCGAAGUACCUCUUGGGUUUGGCUCUGGAUUUGGUAAAAUUUUCUUGUCAUUUCACGGUCUUACUAACAAUCAAGGUAUAUAUAGAGGCUAUACAAUCCAAUCAUUUAAUACAGGAAUUUUAACCACAUUUUCAAUUUCAAAUGUUCCUAUACUAUUAAAGACCGGUCUUGCUUUUUCAAAAGGUGGAGAUUUUUAUUUCAGUGGUAAAAGUCUAACUGGUGUAUCAAAAGUCUUUUUAAAGUAUUCCGAUACCAAUCAAACUGAAGAAUUUACAAACUUUAAAAAAUUUGGGGAUUCAAUGAUACAACUUUCAAAUUUAAGACCAACCACAAGUAACUUUUUAGUUUUUGUGCAAGAUUCACAAAAUCAAAUUUCAAAUAGAUUAUUAGUAUCACCAACUUUAAGCUAUGAUUAUACCCCAGAAGCACCAUUACCAACCAACCCACCACAAAAAUGUAAAGGAGAGCCAGAAUGCGGUGGUCCAACACAUGGAUACUGUGACAUUAACACAGGUUGUAAAUGCCUAUCACCAUGGAUAGGAAAUGAUUGUUCAGCAAAAGUUAUUGAGACAAUUAAACCACCUAUUAAUGAAACACAACCAUCAACAACUAUAAUUGUUGUAAAUAAUAAUAAUCAAAAUACAACAAAUAACAACAACAUCAACAAGAAUGUUGAAUUUAAAUCUAUAAUCUCAAUUCAUUCAAUAAGAGAAAUCGGUUAUGAUGGUACAAAAUUAGAUGAGUAUCCAUUACAUAACCAAAAUUGGUUUUUAAAUAAUGAUGAUGGUAAAAAUAAUUAUUUUGCAAAUAUUAUAACAAAAAAUAACACAAACACUAAAUUAUCAGUAUCUCUUGAAUGGUUUAAUUCAAGCAAAACUGUUACUUUUGCAGAACAACAGAUUGAAAUGAAUGCAAAUACAAUGAAAUAUACAAUCGAAAUUACAAAUUUUCCAUUUUCAAAUAAACUUUCGCAUCUUCAAUUAGUUAUUUCAGCACUAUUCAGUUCAAAUUUUACAGGUGAUUCAUGUUCAUCAAAAGAAUUUGGUGAAACAUCAAAUGGAGAUAAUUCAAAUUAUUUAAAGAUUCAAAUUGAUGACAAAUCUUUAUAUUCAAGAUUAAUAAAAAGAGGUAUAAUAGAUGACAAUAAAAUUAUAGGUAUUGAAAACACAUUAUUGGAUGAAACAAUGAAUCCACUUGUUUCAUCAACAGAAUUACAAUCUUAUAUAGCAAUUAAUAUCCCACAUUUUGAUGAUAAAGCAAUAUUAGAUCCAGACUUCUCAGUUUUAUUAGAAUCAUCAUCGGUUAACAACAAAAACGAAAAUUCAAAAUGUUCAAGUUCUUCACACUCAUCGUCAUUAACCAAAACCCAAUUGGCCGGUAUUAUUAUUGGUAGUUUUGUAGGUUUAGUAAUUAUUGUUUUCUCUGCUCUUUUAAUCACAUCAAAACUUUUUAAAAACAAAUCAAACAAUUUAUUAAGAUUACAUAUGAAAUUAAAAAAUAUUUCACGUAAAUAAAAUAAAUAGAUAAUUAUUUUAAAC